GUGGGAGGACUCGGCCAACCGCAUGCGAGACAAGGCCCCCAAGGGGUGGUGGACGGGUUACAUUCUGCGGGUUACCACCCAUCUCUGGUUCAACAAGACCGUUUCGACCCGUUUCCGGUGGUGGCAUUGGAUGACCGUGAUUGCGCCUGACGACAUGCACAACGCGCACAAGGGGCUGGUGCUGUUCGUGAUCGGGUCGGGGUGGUCGCCCCUGUACUACCACCACAUGGUGGACAAGGACGAGAUGUUCACCGCUGCCUUCGCCCCGUACAGGGUGGUGGGCAUGGUGGCGUACGGCUUUGACCUGCUUGACUUUGGGCGCAACUUCCAGCACCUGCACGACUCGCUGGGCGCGUGGCCGGUCAUUCUCAAGUUCUACGCCACCUUCAAUGUCACCUCCCAGCUGCAGUCGCCCCAGUUUCAAAGGCUCACUGAGGACACCGACCCAUACUAUUUCAGAGAGCGCCUCACCAUGCCCAAGCUGCUCGUCAGUGCAGCCAACGACGAAGUGCUGGCACUGGAUGACACGUACAUCUGGUGGAACGACAUGCCCGAGCCGAAGCUGCUGAAGAUAAUGGCUAACUCGGAGCACAUGGGGAUCCACAUCAACAAAUGGGCCAACCAAGCCACCCUCUCCUUCCUCGCCUCUCUCCUGCACGUCAACUCCUCCUGCGCCGCUCUCCCCGCCUCCUCCCGCCCCUCCCUCACCUGGACUCGCCCAUCCAACGCCCGGAACUACAACCGCCGACGCCGCAAGCACUUUGACAGAGUAGAGGGCACGGGCUUGUUUGCGCGGGAGGAAAGGAAAGUGGCAGAGGCUGUUUUUGAGUCGACUCAAAGACAGGCAGAGGGAGGAAGGAAUGAACGGAAGGAGGCAGAGGCUCAGGCAGGAGGAGGGCGGAUGGAGGGAAUAGUCGGAGGCAAGCUGACCAAUCAGGAGCAGCCGGCGCAUCCCUGGGUCUGUGUUCCUGAGCUGCCAGCUGUCGACUGGCCUAAGCUGAGGUGGCGGUUUGAUUGGUCCACGUUCACCAUUCAUGCCACGUCAGACAGGAAGCCACUGGCGGUUAGAGCAUG